AUACAGUCCAGUUAGACCUGCCUGACUGGGUGUGCUUGUUUUCUGACACCCGACACGGGAACAUACCGCCCCUCCUUGCCCCGGCCCCGGAGGGGUGGAGGUGGAGGUGUCGGGUGCAGUGAAUGAAGCGCUCCCUGUCGUGUUGUUGACGACAGACAAACAAACAUCAGAGGAUAAACAGGUUUAAAAUCAAACGCUCCUGUGGAUGUGGGAGCGUUCGGUUAAUAUCUCAGCACUUCCAGAGGCAGGUUAAUGAUUGAGGGUCAGCUGGUGACUUAUUGACCGAGGAGGCUUUUUAACUCAAGUUUCAAAGAAUGAAGUCAGUCAGACUCUACGGUCACUCUGCUGGGUUUGACUCAGGCACCGGGAGGAAACCCUAACCCCAACAGGAUGAAGGAGGAGGUUUUUCUACCAGGUUUUAAGAUUUUUGUCGCCUCCUCUUUUUCUCACUGAAUCCUGUUGAGAUCCACCUUCAUUUAUCCAUCUCUAACUUUCUACUCAGCUUUCUCCGUCUUCUUCUUCUGGGCUCUGCUGCUCAGCUCCACCCGGCUGGUCGCCUCCUGACUCUGGAUCUGGAGGAGAACUGGACCUGCAGAGACUCAGUUCAGAUCCAGAUCAGUCACUGUUUUCUGAACCAGGUUCUGACAAGACCUCAGAUUUUCCCUCCAGAGAAUCGGAGCUGAGAUCAAUCAGCAAGAAAAACUCGUUACUUGGUUUGUUUCCUGGGACCAGACCACCUCAGGACCAGGACCUGGACCGGGACCAGAGUCAAGCUGCAGCAAUGGUUGAUGGGAAGCGGCGGGUGUCUCCUCCGGAUGGGGGGUGGGGAUGGGUGAUCGUUGGCUGCUGCUUCAUGGUGACGGUCUGCACGCGAGCAGUGACCAGGUGCAUCUCCAUCUUCUUUGUGGAGUUUCAGGCUCAUUUUGGAGCCGACUACUCCGCCACAGCCUGGAUCCACAGCCUGGUGGACUGCACCACCAUGCUCUGUGCUCCUGUCGGCAGUCUGGUUGGUAACCGGUGGUCCUGCCGGGUGGCAGUGAUGUUCGGUGGACUUCUCUCCUCCUGUGGCCUCCUCCUCAGCUCCUUCACCACCAGCCUGGAGCUCUUGUACUUCAGCCUGGGGGUCCUCACAGGUCUGGGUUUCGCUCUCUGUUACACCCCGGCCAUCGCCAUGGUGGGCUGUUAUUUCCAGCGUAGGAAGGCGUUGGCGUAUGGCAUCGCCAUGUCGGGCAGCGGAAUCGGGACCUUUGUGUUGGCUCCGGCGGUGCAGCUGUUAAUCGAGCUGUACUCGUGGCGGGGGGCGCUGCUCAUCCUCAGUGCCUUCGUUGCCAACCUCUGCGUCUGUGGGUCAUUGCUUCGACCAAUCACACUGCUGGAGGAGGAAGAGGAGGAGGGGGAGGAGAAACAUGGUGAGGAUGACCUUUUAUCAUCACAUGUGUCACCGUCAUCCUCACCAUCAUCUCUACCCUCGCUGCCCCUGCCCCUGCUGCCAGGAAACCCCAUCUCUCAGGUAAGGAGGAGGCGGUGCUUUAUCUCCUGCUUCCUGUCCAGUAAGGAGUACCGUUUCCUGCUGCUGCCGGACUUCCUGGGUCUGGCCGUGUCCUUCCUGUUCCUGGCCAGCGGCUGCAGCCUCCCUUUUGUCUACCUGGUGCCCUAUGCUCUGAGUGCUGGCGUAGGCCACCAGAACGCCGCCUUCCUCAUGUCCAUCCUCGGGGUCAUCGACAUCAUGGGGAACAUCACCUUCGGCUGGCUGACGGACCGCAGGUGCCUGAAGCCGUACCGUUUGGCGUGCUAUGUCUUCUCGGUUGGGAUGGAGGGUCUCUGUUGUCUCUUCAUGCCGCUGCUUCGCUCCUUCCCGCUCCUUGUGCCCUUCGCCAUCCUCUACGGAUACUUCGACGGUGCCUACGUGGCUCUGAUCCCCGUGGUGACGUCGGACGUGGUGGGAGCACCGUACCUGUCCUCUGCACUUGGCGUGGUCUACUUCCUCCACGCCAUCCCCUACCUCGUCAGCCCGCCCAUCGGAGGUUGGCUGGUUGACGUCACAGGAAGUUACACGGCCACUUUCUUCCUCAGCGGCGCCGCCCUGCUUGCGAGUGCGUUGAUCCUCUCCACCGUCGCCGGGAUACGUCACUGCUGCCGCCGCCGCCACCCCACCACAGUCGCCAUGGAGACCAAACAUGAGCCCUUCCCCCUCAGCCCGUCCGACCAAUCAAACUGCUUCAUGGCCUUCAACAAGGAGGCGGUCGGUCAGGCCGUGGCCUCGUAGUCUCAGGGAAAAUGACCAAUCAGAUUCAUCGACACCAAAGACGACAGGAGAGCUGUGACUGGACGAGCCAGGUGUCAAUCAAAUGAAAGCCCGUCGGAGGUUUUCAACUCUCGAAUCAAAAAACCUUGUUUUAUUUUGUAGCGACAGGAGAGGAACAUGAAACAGAGACUUCCUGUCUGGAUGAAGAGCCUCCCAUUGUUUUUAAAGCUGAAACUCGUCUGGACAAACCUCCCCGUUAAACAGGAUUUUAAAGGGAAAGAUGCUAACGCCAACAGACAAGCUAACAGGCAUCUGCUCUCAGACAGGAAAAAAAAAAAAAGAAAAACGAAAAAUAUCAAACUGAAAUAUCGAAGUCACAUCUGUGUCUGAGAGUUUGGAUUUGUUUUGAGGUGGUUUGAGUUGCUGCUAAGAAUGUUUUCAGUUUGAACUACGUUUCCCAAGAUGCAUUUUGGCCUGUAAUUGUUUAGGCACCAUUAAAAAUAUGUUUGAUAUGUGACAGGUGAAUCAAUACCUGAGAAACAAUUUGAACACAAACUGAACAUUAGAGUCUUAAUGGAGGAUCAGACUGAGUCAGUUUUAGUGAUGCGUUCCUAAUAAACUGAACACUGGGCGUAAAGUUAGUUCAUGUUUUUGUCUUUAAUAAAUGAAAUAUUUGUUUUUAAUUGUCACGAUAAAAUUACCUCACAGAAAAAUAGGUGCAUUACGUUUCACUGUUGUCCAGCAGAGGGCAGCAUUUAAUUAUGACACAGGAAAUUUAAACAUAAAGAGAAAAGGCAUGAUCAUAUGUACUGUAUUUCACUUCAUUUCUGUUGUUUGUUUUCCUUUAGGCGUUUUAAAUCCUCCAUACAGUACAGCAGAUUAUUUUAAUGUCAUUUUAUAUCUUAAGUGAACAACAAUAAUUUUGUACAUUUGUUUGUGUUUGAAUUUCUUGACAGUGUGUGCAGAUUUGACUCAAAACUUCUGAAAUGAAUAUUUUCCUGAUCGAUGUUGUGACACUGAACGCACCACUCAUUUGAGACGUUAAGUGUCAAAAAAAAAAAAAAAAAAAAGAGUGAAAGAAGCUGGUCACAUUUCAUGUUGUUUUUAAUCUGAAUCAUAUUUGAGACAGGAGCUCAGGCUGGUAUUGAUCCCUCAGUGAGUUUUAUUAACAAGUCGACCAGAACUUUAUUUUGACGUUUUGCUGCGGCAGGAAGUUGAACUCUUGGUGCCAAAGUGUGAGCGUGUGGAGUUUUAUUUUUACGUUUCCAGUGAAGGUCAAAGAAACAAAGACGUCUUCAUGUUUUUAACUCAGGUACUGAUUUAAAAGAAAUUAUUUGUCCGAUGGAUUUUAAAUAAAACUUGAGAACUGAAAGUCUCUGUAGGUUCGACUGUGAGCUUCCUGUUCAUGUCAAAAUAAGAGUCCUGCUGGUGUUUGUUUAAAGCUGCUGUUCUACAUUAGAACAUUUACAGAAAAUAAAAUGUCACUGUGUCUUCUAAUUGUUCCAGACCUCCACUGUUAGAAAAACAUGAAUUGUUUCUAUUGUUAAAGUUGAUAAAUUAAAGGAACAUUCUGUUGAA